AUGGCCGACAUCACCGCCGUCGGUGAAGAGAACCCUUCCCCUACUCAGGACGACCUGCAGCAGGCCGCCGGUAACGGCGCCGUUGACAACCGCGGCACCAAACGCUCUCGCAUGAGCGCUGCCGACGACGACGACGAUGAUGAUGACAAGCCGGGUCGCGAGCGCAGAAAGAUUGAGAUCAAGUUCAUUCAGGAUAAGUCGCGUCGCCACAUCACCUUCUCCAAGCGGAAGGCGGGUAUCAUGAAGAAGGCAUAUGAGCUCUCCGUCCUGACUGGCACUCAAGUACUGCUUCUGGUCGUGUCUGAGACCGGUCUCGUGUAUACCUUCACCACCCCGAAGCUUCAACCACUGGUGACCAAGCCUGAGGGCAAGAACCUGAUUCAGGCUUGUCUCAACGCUCCCGACCCGACCGCCAAUGAGAACGGCGUUGAUGCCCCCGAGGUGCCUGCUGAGACACCCGAAGACGUCAGCCACGCCAACGUCAACCCUCAGCAGUCGAACAUCCCCCGCCCUGCAGGCAUGCACCCCGGCUACAUGACGAAUGAGCAGCAGCAGCAGAUGGCCUACUACCAGAAUCUCCAGCAGCAGCAGCAGCAAGCAGGACAACAAUAUCCUGGCAUGCCUGUAGGCAAUCGGAUGCCCCCCCAGCACCAGCCCACCGCAUAA